AUGUCUUUUCACAUUCUGUAUCCAAAACCACUGCCGCCGCGGGACAAUCAAUCACUGCCAAAUGAAAAUGGUUUUACUGCCACAGAAAUUGCAUCCUUGCGCAAUGGAUGGCGUCAUUUUAAACGUCGCUUUGGCUAUCAUUCUAAACAAAUAUUCAUGAAAUUUUAUCAAGAACAUGAACAAAUGUUGGAGAAAUUUCGCAAUCGAAUGGGCAAAUUCAAUAUGCAACAGCUGCAUCGACAUCCACAAGAACUAUUGCAAGUCUAUGGUAAUCUGAUAGAACAAGGACUGGAUAAUAUGACUUAUAUGCAUGUUUUAAUGACCGCAAUAAGUCAACGGCAUAGAAUGUUCGGUGUUACAGGUUAUGAAAUAAAGCUACAAACCGACCACAUAACUCUCUACAUACUUGCCUUAUUGGAGAAAAUAAUUUCGCCCACAUUUGUUUCGGGACUGGAAAAACUAAGACGCUUGAUAAACGCAUAUCAUUGUGAAGAUGCAUGCGACGAGCUGUUGGAAGAGAGCUCAAAUGAGGCAUUACAUAAUUAA